AUAUCAUAUAUUAUAAUAAUACCAUUACCUUUUCUUUUUGUUAAUUAAUAGUCCAAUUGCCAUCACCAACUUUCACUCUCACUUCGAUUACAUCCACAUUUCCUCUUUUGGGCUUUCAACUUAUAAUAUUUUAGCUCCCAAUUUCUAUUCUAACAAAAUAAAAUGCUCACUUUGUAUCUCUCGCCCUUUUUAAUCCCUUUACUGUUUUUACAACAAUCUUAUAUCUAUAAGUUGAUAACAAUUUCAUUUGUAAUGGCUUGUAAAAUGGGUGUCAUGGGAAAACAAGCGACAUUAGUUCUUAGAUUUACCGGGAAGUUAGUUAAUGAUGUGUUAAGUUUUGUCGUUUUUUCGAUACUCGAUGUUCUUGAUGUGGUUUUAUGUUAUGUUUAUAAAGUUGCUGAUUUCUUUAUAGAAAAUGAAUGGAAACCAUGUUAUUGUUCGUCGCCUAAAGACACGAUAAUUAACAGUGGUAACAUUUUGGUUUCGGAAAAAGGUGAGACCGAAAAGAUUGUUUGUCUUACGUCUAAUAAUAAGUUACAACUUGAAGAAAUUUCUGAUACUCUUUAUUCUCGGACGUCCGUGGUUGUUGAGGCGUCGAAAACCACUGUUAUUAAACGUCGAAAAAUUGUUCCUAAUUCUGUCACGGUUCCACCUUCCUUUUUUAUGGCGGAAAUGCUUCAAGAAAAAAUCGGUGGUCAUCAUAAACCGCACCCUGUUCCAAGGUGGUCUGAUUGUGAUUGUGACACGUGUAACUCUUGGUCCAAUUCUUGUGAAGAUACUCUUUUUGUUCAUACCGAAGGAGGAAAAGAUAAUAAUGUAUGUGACAAUGUGUUGUUUAUUCAUGGAUUUAUAUCAUCAUCGGCAUUUUGGACCGAGACAUUGUUCCCAAACUUUUCAAGAUCAAUCAAGUCGAAAUACAGAUUAUUCGCGAUAGAUCUUUUGGGGUUUGGGAAAAGCCCAAAGCCACAUGAAUCGCUUUACACAAUGAAGGAUCAUUUAGACAUGAUAGAAAAGUCGGUUCUUGAACCAAACAAGGUCGAAUCGUUUCACAUCGUGGCUCAUUCUCUCGGUUGCAUUCUUGCACUUGCCCUCGCUGUUAAGUACCCAAGAUCCGUCAAGUCCCUAACCUUACUCGCUCCGCCAUAUUUCCCGACACCGAAAGGGGAGGAGGCGACGCAAUAUAUGAUGAGACAGGUGGCGCCACGGCAAGUAUGGCCAUUGAUUGCGUUCGGGGCGUCAAUGGCAUGUUGGUACGAGCAUGUUAGCCGGACCAUUUGCCUGUUGAUUUGCAAGCACCAUAGAACGUGGGAAUUACUGACCAAACUCAUAACCAGAAACAGGAUUAGGACAUAUUUGAUCGAUGGAUUUUGUUGCCACACUCAUAAUGCUGCGUGGCAUACCCUUCAUAAUGUCAUUUGUGGGACUGCCGCGAAAAUGGAAGGGUACUUGGACACGGUUCAAAACCAUCUGAAUUGUAGUGUAAAUGUGUUUCAUGGUCGGGAUGAUGAGCUCAUCCCGGUGGAAUGUAGUAGCAACGUCAAGACCAGGGUCCCUCGAGCAAAUGUUAAAGUCGUUGAAAAGAAAGAUCAUAUCACUAUUGUCGUCGGGCGUCAAGAAGCCUUUGCUAGAGAACUAGAGCAAAUCUGGAAGACCGCAAAAGCCAAUUGAUCGAGUAAUGUUACUUUCAUCGCUAAGAAUUCAACUUGGUGGCAUAUAUUUGCAUAAUCCCGUAAAUCUUUUUUUCUACAUCAUUUGUACAACUUGAAAAAUCAAGAUUAGUCCAAACAAAUAAAAAUAUAUAUAUAAUGGAUCGUAAAUUAGAGAAUUAACUCCAUCCAAAUCAAGCAAAUGGAUGAAGUAAUACAAGUAGUAUAUUAUUUGGUUAGAUUUUUGUAUCUAUAUUUACAGAGUAAUAUAUCCAAUUUAUCAUUCUGGUAA